AUGGGUGCAGAUGCUGGUGCUGCAUUGUCCCCUGGAGCCAAGUCCUGCCUCUGCGUGCAGCUCCCCGGCUCCUCCAGGGGCCCCCCAGGAGAGCCCAGCCAGGGCUUGUGGGACUGGGAUCCUGGGCAGAGAGACCCCACCUCGGGUCAGGACUAUGAAGAGGACUUUGAGGUUUGUGAUGGAGAGGAUGACGAUAGUGCUAAUGAGCUAGAACCAAAAGAAAAAAUAGAACUUCCUCCAGCCAGAAAAAAGGAGAGACAAGAAAUUCAAAAAGCCAUUAAUGCAGAAAAUGAGAGGAUUAGAGAGUUGUCAUUCAAGCUGUUUCAGAAGCAGGGUCUGAUGGCAGGUGCAAGGGAAUCCGAUGCAAACAGUUCCCCUUCCAGAGCCCCUGUUUGUGGAAUUUUUGUGGAUUUUGCAACAGCCUUGCACAGUCAGAAGAGUCAGACUCAGGCCCUGAAGCAAAAGACGCACAGUCUGAAACUGCUUCGGCUCAUUGACUUAGACUUCUCUGUCACUUUCUCUCUCUUGGACUUGCUGCCAGUAAACGAAUAUAACAUGUACAUCAGAAACUUUGGGAAAAAGAAUACUGAGCAGUCAGCGUAUGUUCAGUGUAAUGAAGAUAACGUGAGAGACAUUCAGACCAAAGAGGUCGAGGCCUGGGAGGUGUGAACCCAGCACCCAGGAGAAGGUGCUGCCGUUUCUGGGGGGGCUGAGGAUGGCGCCAUCUCUGGCACUGUGGCUGAACCCAAGGUCCACACACCAAGGCUGUCCAGCUUCCUCUGGGCAGCUUGCCAGGUGAUUGCAGUUCUGCUGGGAGAAGACCAUGUGGUGGCCAAGCCCCGUUGGAGCCCCAGGGCGCAGGGCAGUGUGCUGCCUGUCAGCAACAGUGCCUUGCCGCUGGACACCAGCCUGCCAUUCCUCCAAAGGAAAGUGUCUCUUCUGCAUGCCUCUCAGGUGCAGAGACAGAUAGUGGUGUCUGUCCAUGGUCAGCCUGGGAAGGCCUUCAACCCUGCGCUGGAUGGCAGAUAUGUGCUCUGAGUGUGGGAUAUCUGGUAGCCUUUGGGGCCUUAGAAGGUCCUGAUAUGAGAAGGGCGUGUCACAUGCUGUUGCUUUAGCCCUUUUAAGGCCUUUUUGCUGUUUGCUGGAACAGCCCGUGGCUCAGUGGUCGUGUGGGUAAGGGAAGACUCCCAGAUACAUUGUUAUGUGAAGCUGAGCGACUGCUUCUGGACAUUCAGGAUGCCGACAUUCUCCGUAGAUGGGACCCUCACUCCAGCCAGCCACUGCAGCGCUCUUCAGGCCACGGAGCCCAUCUCCACAGCCGCCCUUAAGAAGCAGAGUUUGGUGCUCUCACCCGUUUCCACUCAGGAGGAAAUGUCAGGGUUGUCGUUCCACAUCACCUCCUUGGAUGAAAGCGGGGUUUUCAACAUGUGGGUGGUGCUUGAAUUAUCGAAGCCAGAUAUUGCAGGUUCAAUAAGUGAUUUAGGUGGGCUCCCUGGCAUCAGGGGAAUAAAGUUUGGUGGAAGUUCUGUGCUCCAGCUUCUUCACCUCCUUUCCCAUGAAGAUGAUGAGUUUUGGGGGACCACCCAAACACUGAAUGUUAAAUUCCUGCCUUCAGAUCCUAAUCACUUUAUUGUUGGCACAGACGUGGGCCUUGUAAGGCAUGGCACCAGACAGGAUCUGAGAGUGUCUCCCAGACUGUUCAUGCCCCAGCAGCGCAGUGUGAGACCAGUGAAGGUGAAUGCGAUUGCCUUUUCGCCAUUUGGAGAACCUGUAUUUGGAGCUGGCUGUUCUGAUGGGAGCAUCCGGCUGCACCAGCUG